CCUUCGUAAUUCCUUUGAUGAUUCAUCUCUAACUGGUAAGCAUCCGAGGUGUUCCGAUUGAAAAUAAAAUCAAGAUGGCGAUGAAAUUGUCUGAUAUAUUGCCGGCUCCAAGCCAGCAUGUGUUUGAUAGAGAGGAUGAUGAGCAACAACAGAGGAGUCAGACACAGAUGAUGCCAGUAAUGAGCAGAAGAACAGCUCCACCUUAUGGUCACAGAAAAGGAUGGGUGCCAAGAACACAAGAUGAUUUUGGAGAUGGAGGGGCUUUUCCAGAAGUUCCCGUCGCACAGUUUCCCCUAGGAAUGGGACAAAAGAAGUCCACAUCCAAUGCACUGGCAGUACAGCUAGACAGCAGUGGGAAAAUCAAGUAUGACGCCAUUGCCAGAUAUGGUCAUGGAAAAGACAAGGUUGUUCACUCCAAAUUUCAAGACUUGGUACCCAAACAAAUUGAUGAGGAUGAUCCAGACAUGCAGAUUCCUGAUGAAGAAGCAGUGAUGGACACCACUGAGAAAACUAGGCAGGCCCUAGAAAAACUGGUCUCCACUAAGAUAUCAGCAGCUCUGCCGGUCCGGGCAGCUGAAAAGCAAGCCCCAGCCCAGUAUAUCAGAUACACCCCAUCACAGCAAGGUGUUGCCUUCAAUUCAGGAGCCAAACAAAGAAUUAUCAGGAUGGUGGAAGCCCAGAGAGACCCCAUGGAACCUCCCAAAUUUAAAGUGAACAAGAAGAUUCCCAGAGGCCCCCCCUCACCCCCUGCUCCAGUCAUGCACUCUCCUAACAGAAAGGUCACUGUGAAAGAACAGCAAGAAUGGAAGAUUCCACCCUGUAUCUCAAAUUGGAAAAACGCCAAGGGUUACACAAUUCCACUGGACAAGAGAUUGGCAGCUGAUGGGAGGGGUUUGCAAGGUGUACACAUCAAUGAAAACUUUGCUAAACUUGCAGAGGCUUUAUACAUUGCAGACAGAAAGGCUAGAGAAGCAGUGGAAAUGAGAGCACAGAUUGACAGGAAAAUAGCUCAAAGAGAAAAGGAAAAGAAGGAGGCAACUCUCAGACAGCUGGCCCAGAAAGCCAGGGACGAGAGAGCGGGCAUUAAAUCUCAUGACAAUGAUGAGGUGCAAGAAAGAGAUGAAAUCAGAAGAGAUAGACAAAAGGAGAGACAGAGAGACAGGAAUUUGGCCAGGGCUGCCCCAGACAAGAGAUCUAGGAUACAGAGAGAGCGAGAAAGGGACAUCAGUGAAAAGAUUGCACUCAACUUACCGGACGCAAGAGCAGGAGGCAGCGGGGAUGUCCAGUUUGAUCAGCGACUUUUCAAUCAGUCAAAGGGUAUGGACAGUGGUUAUGGAGAUGAUGAGGCGUACAAUGUGUAUGACCAGCCCUGGCGAAAGGGCCAGUCAGAAAUCGCCAACAACAUCUACAGACCCUCCAAGAACGUAGACAAGGAGAUGUAUGGAGGCGAUCUGGAAACUAUCAUGAAGUCCAAUAGGUUUGUGCCUGACAGAGGGUUUGCUGGUAGCGACAGAAACUCGAGGAGAGAGGGACCUGUUCAGUUUGAGCAGGAGGAGGAGGAUCCCUUUGGUCUGGGUCAGUUCUUGGAGGAGGCCAAGAGGGGAGACAACAAGCGCAAGGCCGAUGACUCUCGGUCAAGCCGAGACUAUGACAGCAGCAAAAGUAAAAAGAGGCGCGACUAGAGGAAAGGGAUCGGAUGUAGAGGAUGUUGAUUUGUCUCCCUUUUUCCUGAACUUUUUGCCCCUCUUUAUUCUCUUCUUUAUGGAAGGGACAUUAUUUGUGAUCACAGAUCAAGAAAUAGUCAUGAAAAAUUACACCCCCCAAAAAAAUUAUUAAAAAUUUGUGUAUGUAUAUUGUGAGACUGAAAUUUACCUCAUGGUUUUAUGAAUGUUUGUGUCAUAUCAUUAGACAUCUAAAGCAAAUAAAUCAUUUUGUGAUGUGUAAUUACUUUUUAAUACAGAAAUCAAAAGUCCAAACUACCUAUAAUGGAACUGAAUUAGAUCAUUCUUAUUUUUACAAAAGAUCUGGUAUGUACUUUUAAUUCAUAUUUAGUAGUAUUACACAUGAAAUUAAAAAAUGUCUUUUUAUUCCAAUCA